AGUUCACUGAAUUAAAAUAAUGAUCAGAAUGAGCUGCUCUUCUGAUAUCAGUGGCAGACAAAGUCCAUCAGUCCAACACUCUCUGCUGUGUGUUUGCCCUGCAUAUAAAUAUAUUUGUUAUAUUGUUCACACCGUAUUGACUUGUGUGAAGCUUUAGCCUCCGCAGCCUCCCGCAAACAACACUGUUGUACUACUCUCUGAACUGAUCUAGAACUUACUAAGGUUUUCUGUACAGGAACAUUCUCAACAUGAGGUGGAUUUGGAGUAAAGUAGUAGCCUAUAUGCAUCUGCUUGGCUGUGUGCUGGGAUCCUAUUCCUGUGAAUCAGUGUUUUGGGCUAAUAACCAUCUCCUGCCUGGAAAUACUGACAGCAUAAUGAAUGGAAAAGAGACAGUUUUUUCUAGAGACUGCUCAGAAAUUUUGUAUAAGUCCCAAGGCAUUGCAACGGAUGGUCUAUAUGUGAUACAACCAGCAGAUGUUCCAAUUGUUGUUAUUUGUAUUAUGCAAGACAAAGGAUGGACAGUUAUCCAGCACAUCACUGCAAAUAGCAGUUUGGACUUUGAUCGUGGCUGGGAAGACUAUAAAUUUGGCUUUGGUAGUGUCCUUGGAGACCAUUGGCUGGGCAAUGAAUACAUGCAUCAGUUAACCCAGCCUCCAGGCCUUCAGAAAUUGGGCAUCAGACUUGUAACUAUGGAAGGGGAGAUAAAGUUGGGUGUGUAUGAUCCAGUCCUUAUUGAAUCUGAGGAUUCUCAGUACCGACUGCGUUUAGGAUUGUUCCAUGGUUCUGCCACAGAUGCUCUUACACGUGACACUGAAGCAUAUGUCCAUGAUAACCAGAAAUUUACCACUCGGGACCGAGACAAUGACAACUAUAUUCAUAACUGUGCCAAGUUAGAGCACGAGGGCAUAGCAGGUGGUGGGUGGUGGUAUGAUGCCUGUGCCGGGGCAAACCUUAACCGUAGGAAUAUUAUUUACUGGCAAAAGGACUGUACUAAGGACAAACUUUGCAAAUAUGCCACCAUGAUGUUGCAAUCUAACUGGAAUAAGGGAUAUGGGAAAAGAGAGAACUGCCACAAGGAUGAAUUAUAGAAAAUGGUUGGAUCUUUGCUGAUUUGGCCUCCCACAUAGUGAGCCAAAUAGGACUCUCAGGGCUUUGGUUGGAUCAUGUGUAGCCAGCACAAUCAUCAUUGGGCUACAUAAACAGUAUGGUCAAAGCUGAUCUGGAAGUCAAAAUGUUUUGGUUUGCUACAUGGGCUAAUCAGCAGCCAACAACAUUAGCUGAAAUAAAAACUUGAGAUUCUAUCCA